GUUGACUACAAAUGGUGGAAGGGGGAGCACUGCCUGCCACACUGUUCAUCUUCUGCACAACGACCAUGAUCAACGCAUACUGGGUCAUCAUUUUCUUGCAGCUGCUCUCCCUCACCGGGGCCUCUGAGAGUGGCAUAGUGGGUGGAAAGGUCGCAAAGCCUCACUCCAGGCCCUACAUGGCGUCACUCCAGUUUCAUGAAGACCAUUCAUGUGGUGGAAUGCUUAUUCGGGAGGACUUUGUAUUAACUGCAGCACACUGCAAACAAAAAGAUCAGCCAAUGACUGUUGUACUCGGAGCACAUGACAUAGGCAAGAAAGAGAAAAGUCAGCAAUGGAUCCAGGUGGCCAAGUACCAUCAACAUCCAAAAUUCAAUGGAGGAUACGAUUAUGACAUCAUGUUGCUUCAGUUAAAAACCAAUGCUACACUGAAUAGGUAUGUGAAGGCCAUCGGACUGCCUAAGAAAGAGGGCAAAAUCCCAGCCAACAUCAACUGUGCUGUUGCUGGCUGGGGCCGAACUGGAGUCAACAAGCCGUCCUCAAAAGUGCUGAAGGAGACCACGGAGAAGAUGCAAUUCAGCUCUGAGUGCAAACAUAUAUGGCAAAAACCCUUCAAUCCUGAGCUCAUGAUUUGCACCAAAUUUGACAAAAAGAAAGGAGGGGUUUGCCAGGGUGAUUCCGGUGGACCACUUAUCUGCAACAAUAAACCUCAGGGUAUAACAGCUUUUACUGCUAAAGAUGAUUGCAAUAAUCCCAAAUUUCCCCAUGUCUUCACUAAAAUCAAUGUCUUUAUCCCCUGGAUUAAGAGAGUGAUGAAGGGAUUGGGGAAUGUUGCAUGAGCCACUAUUCUAAGGGCCAAGAAUAUUGUCCUUUUUUCACUUGCUUAUUGAACAACAUGGCAAAAAAAAUGUGUGAAUUAAUGGUCUUGCAUUUGAAAAAUAAUUCAUGAGGCUGGAACAAGUAAAUGUUUUGCAUGUGAAAAAGAAAUACAACUGAGUGUACGGAAAAAAAGAUGGAAUUAAAAACUUGUUGAUUUAACAUAAAUUCUCACUGUACAUAUAUAGCAUUUGUCUUUUACUUUAACAUCAUCUUACUAUAAAGCUUAUUUUUUCAUUUUUGUGCUUAACUCCCUUUGGCAAAAUUCCUGUAGAAGUUUUGUCAACUAUGUACAUAUGUA